GAAGGAUGUUAGGUUGUCAUGUGGUAACCAACAGAAGGUUAUGAGUAAAAAAAAAAAAGAAGGAUUAUUUGAUCAUCUGACUAGUUUUGCGUUAAGGGAAGAGAUAUGGAAUGAGUCGGAUAGCACAUACGGUUGUCUUGUGUUGAUUUUAGAGACAUUAUUUUUACAUUUUUAAUAUUUGUGGUGAUCGGCGAAACACCUCGAUUCACGAUUUGGUCGUCCAACUCGCGAUGCUGGACAGAUCGCUGCAUCAUCAUGUUGCUUCCGAGUUAGCGAAACAAAUCACAAGUUACACCAGGGGAAUUAGUGAGUCGUCGUCAUUUAUCUACCCGACAAUUGCAACUGUGAACCGAAAAGGAUGGAUACAUCUGUUGAUUUGGCUUGUUGGCACUUCGAUGAUACAUUGUCGCGCCCAGUGAUGUGAAAUAAGAAGAUAAAUAGCUGGUUACAUUGUAUCACUUGUUUAUGUCGUGGGGUUGAUGCGAUAUUUCUCAUUUGUUAUUGGGUGGGCGCUAUUGUAAUUAGCCAACAUCUUCAUUAUGCGCAUUUGGGAUAAUGAAUAAUCAAAAUGCAUUUUCUUUCAAAUAAACUUUGCCACUGAAAUAUAGUCUAUCCAGACCUAUAUUAUAAAAAUCUGAAAUAUAGUAUUUACUUUUUUAUUGGCUCCAUCAUCAUCAAAUAAUAAAUAGGAUUUAUCAAGGAAGUGCACGUUUCGUCUCUGUUGGAUUACCCCGGUUUGUGUAGGAUAUCCUUUAACUGUGGAUGAGACAGCUCUGUUCGGGUUAUGAUCAUGACCCGGGAAUGUAUGGAUGAUCGCCAAAGAGAUGCUGACUUCAUGGAAAUAUGCUGGUGACAUUUCUCCUAUUCAAACAAAUCAGCUACAUAGUUAUUGUGCUGCAGACUGUUAUUGGAUAGUUUUUGAUUAUAGUGGCUAAGCGUGCCACAUUGUCUCAGUAAAUGUUUUUAACCACGAUGGAAUGCAACAUAAAUAGAUUCUCCAAAUCGGUUGCCAAUAUGUUAAUUUGAAAGUUUCAUAGGUCUAUUUCAUCCUAUGUUUUCCUGGCCCGUCUUUAAUCUUUUGUUACUGUCCACUGCUGUCACCGCGUCCACGUGGAGUUGACAACACCUGACACUUGACAACUUUUGAGUCGAGGAAACUUGCAACCGUGACGUACAGACGGCUCCCUCUGCCGUAAUCCCCAGAACGGUGCAAGGGGACAUAGCUUUUGUUUUUGCUUUCGGACGGCGGAGAGGAAGAGGGAUAGACACAAUAAGGAAAAAGUAGCUUUACAGCAGAUACAAAAAAGAAGUCCGGCUAAAAUGGCCGGCCAAUGCAACUAUAAAACACAAUACGAGAAUGAUGACACAUUUUCUCCAUCCAAAUUACCCGACCGAGUGCGGAUGCUCGCGGGGGAGCCCGACGCCCGUGCUCAGACGGGGCGUAAAUCCUUGGGUUGUUCGCCAAACUUCGAAUUGAUUGACGGACUGCUGUACCGUAAGAAGUUGGAGAGAGGCUUCAUCCAUUACCGGGAGGUGCUUGACGAGGACCGACGGUUCGGGGCAAUCGCCACUUUCCACCGGCGACGGCCAGGCACGCGCCACCACUCCCUGGAGGACACGUACAGAUCUGUGGCGGAGAACUACUGGUGGGAGGGGAUGUAUUUUCAGAUCCGAGACUUUGUCCUGGGAUGUCCAGAGUGCCUUGAGCAGAGGAACAAGAGACUUGAGAAGGGUGUGGGCGAGAGCCGUCUCUCUCAGACAAUGAUGUCACACAGCCGUGACGUGUUGAAUAAGCUGAGGAGCCAGCGGGAGGCUGGACUGUUCUGUGACAUCACUCUGAGGACAGACGGACGCUCUUACUCUGCCCACAAGGCAGUGCUGGUGGCAGUGAGCGAGUACUUUCAGGAAGUAUUCACUGAGAUGGACUCCGCCCCUAGCGCCAGGUCUGACAUCGAUCUCACAGGUUUCAGUGAGUCUAGCCUGGUGUCUCUGCUGGACUUCUCCUACUCCUCUACUCUGUGUGUGUCUGAGGAGGACCUAUCAGAGGUCAGCACUAUGGCCCGUCAUCUGGGCAUGUGGCCUGCCGUGGAGGCCUGCACGGCCCUCCAGAGGGAGCAGGCAGACCACACCUCCCACUACCCCAACACGGAGCACUCUGCCCUGGGCUUCCCAUCGCAGUGCCCUGGGUCUCCCAUGGAGCUCCGCCACCACCAGAAGGACAGGAAGAAGGGAUUGGCUGGAGAGGGCAGGGAGAGGGUGGCUGGGGGAAGAGUGGUGAGGGGUUUGGGUGAUGGCUUCAGACUGAUUCUGGAUCAGUCCGAUGAGUCGGGGGAGGAGAGCCCCACCAGACGGUCGCCCCGUCGCCCCCUCAGACCCAGCGCCCACCCUCCAGGGCGGAACGGACUCCCCCUCAGCCCCAUGCACAGGAUGAAGCUCAUGGACUUCAAAUCCCCCUGCUGUAAAAUAACCUCUUCCCCCCGAAAAAAUGUCCCCUCCAACCCCCGCUCCCGAAAUGUCCCCUCUUCCUCCUUGCCCCACACAUGUACCCGUCUCCUCCGCUCCACUCCCGGGGCCGCCAAGGAGGUCCAGAGUAUGCUGCCCAGGACAGAGAGCCCUCCUCAGGGCCGAAAGCCACCCCCAGUCCCCUGUCCUGCCUCCACCUCCUCCAGACAGAGGACUUGCUCUGAGGCCAACAUAGUGAGGGUGGAGGAGGAAGAUGAGAAAGAUAAUUUCAGAGCGCUGGAGAAGUACCGGCUGAUGAGCGUGCUCGGGUUACAGAGGACGUCCCUCCUCCCCAGACCGGAGGAUCUGAUUGGCUGGAGGCAGAAGAAACGGCUCCGGAAGCUGAAAGUCAAUAACUAUUCGCUGACUAAGCGGAGGAAACCCCGCCCCCAGGGGUUGGGGGGGCUGGUGUUCGGGGGGCUGCCCCUGUCCCUCCCUCUCUGCACCCCUGCCAAUGCCCACUUCUUGAACAGGAUCAUAAAGAAGGAGCCUGUGUAUCCAAUCAGCAUGGAGGACAGGAGACUGAAGAGAUCCAGACAGCCCCGUCCUUUUCCACCCAGCGACAGGAGCAUGCGCAGUAAAGUGGCAUUACCGGACCUGCUGCAGCCCGUGUCCAGGCCGGCCUACGGCGGCAGGGAUCUCAGGCGUUCUGUCAGGGGUGAAGAAGUCAGCCAUCCCCCUCCGCACCUCCCGGCCCGCUCUGGGAAUGCCAGAGUUCCAAAUACCAAGAGGAACAUCUCUGCUCUCGGGAUCAAACCGGAACAUGCCGACUACGCCAUCUCAGCCCUGCAACUCCCCUCACAUGGCCAACGCCCAAACACACACAUCCCCCCUCCCAGGGCCCACCCCAGGAACAAGGUUACUAUGGAGACUGUCAGGGUGCUCCGCUACAACAGCGGGCGUCUGUUGGCCAAAGCCAAGCCGGAGUGGAGUGGCAUGAAAGAGGCUGGGAGAGCCCAGCAUAAGCCCAGAGAGAAGAGCAGGAGGACAAGGUGCAACCAGGGAGCAAGGGGGGUCACGGAGAGAGGGCCUGGAGCUCUGAGCAGAAGGAAAAACAGCAGCAUCCUCAGCCCUGACAAUGUCCCUCCUCCCCUCCAUAGCCAUCCUCUGUACAGGGUCAUCAAGGAGGAACCAGCAGACCCUCUACCCGUGGUGGGGCCUUUCCCCGAGUCGCCCUCCCCAGAGCUGGGUAAGAGGCAGAUCAAGCCCCCUGUCAAGCUUCUAGAUCCAGGCUUCCUCUUCAGCUUCUGCCGGCCGCCCGGAGGGCCCAUGGUGGGGGUGAAGAGGGAGGAGGAGAGUGUGGAUAUCUGCCUAACACGAUCUGUCUCGAGGGGGGAGAGGUUAGGUCCCGGGGGGGGCCCGGACAGGGUCCUGAGGGCCAGAGGAGGUCCCCCCACUUUGCCCAUGGUGAAGAAGGAGCGAGAGGAGAAGAGUGUGAACCAAAGUCAAACCAAGAGGCAGGGGCCACCAAGGGCUGUCAACAUUCACCAACACAAGGCCCCCCACCUGGUUAGAGCCAAAGGGUCAAAGGGUGCACACACAGCACGGGACAUACCAAAGAAGCAAGCUAAGCCCCUCCACCUGCCGAGCCGAGGCCCCGCCCUGGUGGACUCGAUCUACCGUGCGCGGCUCAAGCAACUGCGGAGUCCUCGCAGUCAGGCCCCCAAGGCCAAGUCAUCCCACGUCUGCCUGCAGUGCCGGGCCUCCUACAAGGACUGUACCAGCCUCCUCAUGCACCGCAUCAGGCACAUCGAGGGCAAGCACUGGCCCUGCCCUCUGUGCAGUAAGACGUUCUUCAGGAUGAGGAAUGUGAAGAACCACGUCCGGACCCAUGACCAAAGGCUGUAUAAGUGUCGCAGCUGUAUUGCUGCAUCCUGAGAGCUGACUGGGGAGGGAGAGAGGGUUGAGGCUGUCUAUUGACUGACGUGAGGAAGAGAGUAGAGCACAUUGUUGAACUGCAAGCUUGUACAUGCAAUGCGUCCAUCACAUCCAAGCACAAGGCUCCCAGGAAAGAUGUAAUUACUAUGACAUUGAUUAUUGUUAUUUAAAUAACCAAACUUAAAUUCUUGUUUGCGUUUUCAGUAGCUACAGGGGUUUCAACUUGAACUUUACACUCAGGGGGUGGGGCAACUGUGGCGUCACUGUAUUUAAAUGGUUGACGACGUCACAGUUUAUGUAAAUGAGAAAUGUGUAGAAUGGAAAUGACAGAAAUAUAUUAUGACAAUGAUAAUUAUUACCACUAUUGUUAUUUCUAUCAUUAUUUUUCUAUGUAUAGACUGAAUCUUUGAGUGCACUUAUACACGAUAUCACCAAAAGUAUGUGGACACCCCUUCAAAUUAGUGGAUUUGGUUAUUUCAGCCACACCCGUUGCUAACAGGUAUAUAAAAUCGAGCACACAGCCAUGCAAUCUCCAUAGACAAAUCUAAUGUUAUUGGUCACAUACACAUGGUUAGCAGAUGUUAUUGCAGGUGCAGUGAAAUGCUUGUGCUUCUAGAUCCGACAAUGCAACAAUAUCAACAAGUAAUCUAACAAUAAAAAAACUAAAUAUUGCAUAGUUUCGUAAGGACUAGAAGCGAGGUGACCCCCUCUGUCGGUGCCAUCUUGCUAAACGUGGCACUGUCAUAGGAUGUCAUCUUUCCAACAAGUCAGUUUCUGCCCUGCUAGAGCUGCCCCAGUCAACUGUAAGUGCAGUUAUUGUGAAGUGGAAACGUCUAGGAGCAACAAUGGCUCAUCCGUGAAGUAGUAGGCCACACAAGCUCACAGAAUGUGACCGCUGAAGCACGUCAACACAAGAACUGUUCGUCAGGAGCUUCAAGAAAUGGGUCUCCAUGGCCGAGCAGCCGCACACAAGCCUAAGAUCACCAUAUGCAAUGCCAAGUGUCAUCUGGAGUGGUGUAAGGUUUGCCGACAUUGGACUCUGGAGCAGUGGAAAUAUGUUCUCUAUAGAUUUUAUUUUUAUUUAACUAGCAAGUCAGUUAAGAAAAUAUUCUUAUUUACAAUGACGGCCUAGGAACAGUGAGUUAACUGCCUUGUUCAGGGGCAGAACGACAAAUCUUUACCUUGUCAGUUCGGGGAUUCAGUCUAGCGACCUUUAGUUUACUGGCCCAACGCUCUAACCACUAGGCUACCUGCUGCCCCAGAUGGUGAAUCACGCUUCACAAUUUGGCAGUCCAACGGACCAAUCUGGGUUUGGGGGAUGCCAGGAGAACGCUUCCUGCCCGAAUGCAUAGUGCCAACUGUAAAGUUUGGUGGUGGAGGAAUAAUGGUCUGGUGCUGUUUGUCAUGGUUCGGACUAGGCCCCUUAGUUCCAGUGAAGGGAAAUGUUACUACAGCAUACAAUGACAUUCUAGACGAUUCUGUGCUUCCAACUUUGUGGCAACAGUUUGGGGAAGGCCCUUUCCUGUUUCAGCAUGCCAAUGCCCCCUUGUACAAAGCGAGGUCCAUACAGAAAUGGUUUGUUGAGAUUGGUGUGUAAAACUGGCCUGCACAGAGACCUGACCUCAACCCCAUCGGACACCUUUGGGAUGAUUUAGAACACUGACUGCGAGCCAGUCCUAAUCACCCAACAUCAGUGCCCGAUCUCACUAAUGCACUUGUGGCUGAAUGGAAGCAAGUCCCUGCAGCAAUGUUCCAACAUCUAUUGGAAAGCGUUCCCAGAAGAGUGAAGGCUGUUAUAGCAGCAAAGGGAGGACAAACUCCAUAUUAAUGCUCACGGUUUUGGAAUGAGAUGUUCGACGAGCAGGUGUCCACAUACCUUUGGUCAUGUAGUGUACCAUAGCUUUGUUGUAAACCUAAGAUUCAGUACAUUGAUGUAACGGAGGGGUAGCCGGAGAGUAGACGAGGCCCAGAUUUGAAAACUUGAAAGUUCACAGGGGUGGAGAUGGAGUGUCUGUUAAAAACGAGGAGGUAUGUUGGGUUUCUUCUACUGUCUUUGGUGUUUAGAGAUGAGUUGACUGGUGUUUGUCUAUGUAUCAGUUCUCUAGUUUCACCUUCAAUUUGGGGAGGGGGGAAUAGGCCCAAUCACUAAAGGACCCCUACACCCUAUGCACUUGUUGAGAUUGGAGAGGAUUUGAUUGAUAGAAGCAAUAUGGAGAAACUUCCCUGUAGCAGAUAAAAGGACAAGGUAUUACCAUAUUGCUUACACCUGUCAAAUCCACUCAGUUCUCCACAAGUGCAUAGGGUCUAGGGAUCUAUUUGGGAUUGGGCCCAUGAGUUGGCUAGUUGGGGGUAAGGGUCAGUUUCCUCCCGUUGUCUUUUCCAAUGCUGCCUAUCUAUCUAUGAAAGGGAAAACUGUCAGGUCUAAAUGUGAAUCUCUAAAAUGUGUAAUCAACAUUACUGUCUCAAUACUGAUUUUUUUUUAACUAGGCUGUUUGGCCUUUUUUAUAUAUAAGAACCUCCUUCAUACUCAAUGCAAUGCGUGCACAUACUAUGGAGACAUUGAAUAUGUUCAGAAUUUGAUUUUAAAAGUCAGAAUUCAGACGCUCUCUGUUUGGUUAUCUAUAAAAAUAAUGAUGUGAAAUAAAUUGUUGCCU